AAUAUAUAACUAAGCGACCAAACACAAGCAUCAAAAAACACUGUUGUUGUUGAUUCAAGCAUGGGGAUUGUGGACGUCUGGUUCUGCCUGGGUUUAAGUAAUGAGGCCCAGUUAACCUAAUUGUGAACUUAUUGUUGACGUUGCUCUUUCAAGAUGAAACGUUGUUUCUUUUCAUAAUUCUCGCCCAUCUUGUUCCCAGACUCCCGGUAGGCAGGGCUUGUUAAAGUUAGCUUUAGUGACCUUUAACCCCCAACACUAACAACAACAACAACACCACCAUAGGCGUGAUGGCUUUCAACUGGCGACACACAAUAUAUUGUAAGCUACGUGAGAGAAACAAAAAGGAAUUCGAGAACAUCAAUGAUCUAAUUCAGCUACAUAAUCGUCUCUUUGAACAAAGUGAAUCCUUAAGAACUGAGAACCUGCAGCUCACUCUACAGAAUGAGAAGCUUCGGCAAGAAAACACUAAUUUACAAAGUCAAGGAGGUGGUGGUAUCAAUGGUGAAGGUGGAGGAGCUUCAUCAAUGGUUGUGCAAGCUUUGGAGCAAAAAUUAUAUAAGCUACAAGAAGAGCUGACAGAUUUACACAGACGAAAAGGUGAGAAUGCUCAACAGCUGGUGGAACUGAACCAGUGCCUUCAAGAACGUGAUAAGCUCAUGGCAACAAAAGAUAACAAAUUGGCAGAAUAUGAGUCAGAUCUUUUAAUUUUGCGAGAGGAUUUAGCAGCUAAAGAGUCUACACUUGCAGAUGUCCAGGCAGUUAACCAAGUGUUACGAGACGAGUACCAGACGCUUAACUUAGCUUUUACAGCUCUUGAAGAUAAAUACAGAAGAGCACAGGAGGAAAAUCGAGAUUUAAUUGACAGAUGGAUGGCACAGAAGGCAAAAGAUGCAGAAAAACUUAACAUGGAGAAUGACACAGCACUGAAAAAACGACAGAUGGUGCUUGAGGAACAACUUAAAGAAGCAGCUCGUGAGCCAAAACAAGUGAACACUGAUGAUAAGUUUGCUUGCUGUUCUCCCAUCUGUCUCUCUGCUGUCCUGCCAGCCAAAGCCUACCUUAGAUUUGAUGCCCAUGAUGGAGAGGUGAAUUGUCUUUGCUUCAGCCCCCAGGGAAAAAUAAUAGCAACUGGAGGUGGUGACAGAAAAUUGAAGCUGUGGGAUAUUAGCCGUGGAAUAAAUGCUGAAGCCAGAGGAUUGUUGACGGGCAGCAAUGCAGGAGUAACAUCUAUAGAUUUUGAUGCAGAAGAAUCUCUCAUCGUAGGUGCCUCAAAUGACUUUGCCAGCAGAGUGUGGACUGUUGUAGAUCACAGAUUAAGACAUACAUUAACAGGGCACUCGGGUAAAGUAAUGGCAGCAAAAUUUUUGUCAGAGUCUGCUAAAGUGGUAACAGGGUCCCAUGACCGUACUCUAAAAAUAUGGGAUCUCAGAAGUCGUGCAUGCAUUAGAACUAUAUUUGCUGGAUCUAGCUGCAAUGAUCUUGUAGCAUCAGACAGUGCAGCAACAACAAUAAUAUCAGGCCAUUUUGAUAAGAAGAUUAGAUUUUGGGAUACUCGAACAGAGCAAUCAGCAAAUGAGGUGCCACUUCAAGGGAAAAUUACUUCAUUAUCUUUGUCAAGAGAUGGAUUUUAUCUACUAAGUUGUGUACGUGAUGAUUCCCUUAAAAUUUUGGAUCUUCGGAAAAACCAAGUGAUAAAUACAUUCACUGGUGAUGGCUUCCAUGUAGGGGCAGACUACACAAGAGCAACAUUUUCUCCUGAUGCAUCUUAUGUUGCAGCAGGGAGUGGGGAUGGUGGUGUCUUUACAUGGAAUGUUAAUACUGGCAAACUUGAGAAAACUCUGAGAGAGCACUCAGCCUGUGUCGUGGCAUGUGCAUGGCAUCCUAGUGGAAAAUCACUUGUGUCAUGUGAUCGAGCUAAAAAAGUCAUAGCUUGGUCAGAUUUCUAAAGCCAUUGAGGAAGUACUCUAAUUCACUGUCUGGUGUUCUUUACCAGUGGUGAUUUUUGGAGUUGCCACAACUGUGAUACAGGUAAUUAAGUCCUAGGUUUUGCUCGAGUUGUCUCUCUACCAAGCUGCAUCACUGCCACAGCUGCGUAGGAUCUAGUUAACCGUAAUAUUGCUUUACAGUCACUGGCACAUCCCAUCCAUGAAGUUUCUAAUGAUUGAUCACUGUCAGUUUUAUGACAGGUGCUUUUCCUAUGAAAGUGGAAAAUGUGGUAGUGAUGAUGAUGAUGAUGAUGAUAAUGAUAUGAUAUAUAACAUUGUGCAUGAAAAAGAUUAACUUGAUUCUAGGUGGCUGAGGUGCACAAUUUAUUUAUGUAUUGUAAAUAAAAGAGUUGCAGGGCACUACGUCAGUGAAAAUCAUACUCUGGAGAUUUAUUUGAAUAUUUUUUAUCAAUGUUUGGCAUAAUUUGAAUAAAAGUGUACUUGCAUAUUUUUGUGUGAAGAAAAAAUAUUAGAAAAUGAAAGUAAUCCUGAAUAUUUUUAGCUUUGCUGCAGUGAUAGUUGCUAUUAGGACUACAUAAUGAAUUGCUGUUCAGAUUUGCACCUAGGAUUCUUCUUUAUUUAAAAUUUGGUACAAAUUUAAAAUCUGUGAGAAUGUAUCUGUACAGAAUUCUAUAUAUAAAUAUUUUCUGCUGAUUAGCUCUUAUUUAUAAUUUAUGGUUACUUAAGUUAUCCAUACCCAUCAAUUUCCAUUAUUUUCAGUGUCAUGUUUUGAAUGUGGGAAAAAAAGGCACAAAUAAUAUUUUUUUUUAACAUGUCAGCAUUUUCUCACCAAAGCUUAAUUUCCCUCAUGACAGGUUUCUAUUUUGUUUCUUAUCACAUUGUUAAUCAUAGGCAGUAUCGUGUGCUUUUAGUUUUUAAUUACUGCUCUCAUAUAAUUCUACUCAAGUUAGAUCAUCAUAAUUCACCCUUUGUUUCACUUUGUUAACUAUUAUACAAGCUCGGUCUUUUACCUUAUUAAUAGAUAGUUAACCCGUAAACGGUCCAAGCAGAUCUACGUUCACAUGUGUAGUGCUACAAAAGUAGAUCUACAUUUUUUUACAUUUUUUUUUUUUCAACAAGUCGGCCGUCUCCCACCGAGGCAGGGUGACCCAAAAAAGAAAGAAAAUCCCCAAAAAGAAAAUACUUUCAUCAUCAUUCAACACUUUCACCACACUCGCACAUUAUCACUGCUUUUGCAGAGGUGCUCAGAAUACAACAGUUUAGAAGCAUACACAUAUAAAGAUACACAGCAUAUCCCUCCAAACUGCCAAUAUCCCAAACCCCUCCUUUAAAGUGCAGGCAUUGUACUUCCCAUUUCCAGGACUCAAGUCCAACUAUAUGAAAAUAACCGGUUUCCCUGAAUCCCUUCACUAAAUAUUACCCUGCUCACACUCCAACAGAUCGUCAGGUCCCAAGUACCAUUCGUCUCCAUUCACUCCUAUCUAACACGCUCACGCACGCUUGCUGGAAGUCCAAGCCCCUUGCCCACAAAACCUCCUUUACCCCCUCUCUCCAACCCUUUCGAGGACGACCCCUACCCCGCCUUCCUUCCCCUAUAGAUUUAUAUGCUUUCCAUGUCAUUCUACUUUGAUCCAUUCUCUCUAAAUGACCAAACCACCUCAACAACCCCUCUUCUGCCCUCUGACUAAUACUUUUAUUAACUCCACACCUUUUCCUAAUUUCCACACUCCGAAUUUUCUGCAUAAUAUUUACACCACACAUUGCCCUUAGACAGGACAUCUCCACUGCCUCCAACCGUCUCCUCGCUGCUGCAUUUACCACCCAAGCUUCACACCAUAUAAGAGUGUUGGUACUACUAUACUUUCAUACAUUCCCUUCUUUGCCUCCAUAGAUAACAUUUUUUGACUCCACAUAUACCUCAACGCACCACUCACCCUUUUUUACAUAUUUUCAAAUAUAACAAAAAAAAAAAGUAGAUCAAAGUUUUUUUAUACAUUUUCAAAUGUAAAAGAAACAAAAAGAAGAUCUACUUUUUUACAUACUUUCAAAUGUUGAAAAAACGUAUAUAUACGUUUGGACCGUUUACAGGUUAAACAUGUUAUGCACUAGACUGAUUUUUUUGCAGAUAGUGAGAGUUUAUAAUCUUCACUGCUUUUGUUUCUUAUACACCUCAGUAUUUAAAAAUAUGUUCACAUUUUGCCUUGAGUGUGUGAUUGUUUUAUAAUUUUAAUAUAAUGGAAGUACAGGUUGACCAUCACUAAUCCAGCAUCAUCGGGACAUGUAUGGUGCCGCAUUAGUGAUUUUGCCAGAUUACAGAGUGGUUAGGUUAGAAUACAGUUAACACAAUGGCGAUAUUUAUGCAUUGGCAAUUUCACCCACUUUAGGCCCUAUUUUUGGCCCAUUCCAUUGUUCCAGUCUACCAAACUCAUAGCUAUUUCACUAGUAUUCUUUUUAUUCUGUCAACUGAGUACAAGAAACCACCCAUUUACCUAUUUCAACUACCCAAUAAAAUGGUCAGAAAUUGGUAAUUUGGCCAAUUUAACACAAAUUUCAAGUGAUGCCAAUUUCAAAAUAGGGUUCAGGAUAAACAGUGCAGACAUUCCUGGCACUAAAAUAACAUUUUCUCUAUUCAAUAGUCAUGUCUCCAGGCCCCUCUUAUAUUACACUUGCUCUCCAUUUUGAAUUUUUAUUCACACAAAAAAAUAAAUAAAAAUAAAGAAUAAAGAUUUUAUUUCUUUGUAAAGGUUACAAUGUGUAAUUACAAUUUUGGUUUGCUAAGUACAAAGAAAGUCACUAUCAUAGCAGGGCAUUUCGGGCAGACUAAUCCUAGUAUGUACAUAAUUACUUAAAUCUAGACAAAAUAAGAGUGGUUAACUCUUAUUAAAAUCUUUAUUUAAUCUUAAUAUUAAUGUGAGGUAUUCAAGGUGGAGGUUUAUGAGAAUAAUAAUCUUGAAGUUACUUAUAAUAGAAACAGUAUUAAUGGCUCAAGCAGUAAUAUUUCAUGGAUUGGCAGAUGUUUAAUAGACUAGAGGUCAUAUACUGUAUUAACUGAUUAGAAGUUGUUUUGGUUAGUAUUGAGAGAUGAAAUGAUUUUUAAGCAAUGUCCUAAAUUUAUAAGUAGUCAGGAGAUCCUUUACCAGUUCAGGUAGUGGGCCCUUUAUGUGCACUGCAUUUUUGCAUAGUGUGAGACUGACACAAGGGAUGUUGAAGAGUGCCUUGUGCCUUGUAGUGUGAUUAUGCAUUCUGUUGUAGCUAUCAAGGAGAAGUUUAAGUGGAGGGUUUAUAUUAGAGUUUAAUGUUCUGUAUAUGUAGUAGGCUCAAUAAUAUGAGUGUACGUCUCGUAUAUUUAGUAAGUUCAGGCUUUUGAAAAGUGGUGGGGUGUGCUGUAUAGCACAGGAACUGGUAAUCAUCCACACAGCAGCUUUUUGUUGAGUUAUUAAAGGUUUCAGGUGGUUAAUCCCCAGGCACAAAUACCAUAGGUGAGGUAGGGAUAUACAGUGGACCCUUGCCUUACAAUAUUAAUCCAUUCCUGAGAGCUCAUCAUAAGCCGAAAUUACCAUAAGGCGACUUAAUUAUCCCCAUAAGAAAUAAUGGAAAUCAAAUUAAUCCAUGCAAGACACCCCAAAGUAUGAAAAAAAAAAUUUUACCACAUGAAAUACUAAUUUUAAUACACACAAACUGAAGAAGACAUGCACAAUUACUACUCUACUAAGAAUAGAAUACAUGACACUUACCUUUAUUGAAGAUCUGGUGAUGAUUGAUGGGAUGGGAGGAGGGGAGAGUGUUAUUGUUUAGAAGGGGAAUCUCCUUCCAUUAGGACUUGAGGUAGCAAGUCCUUUUUUGGGGUUACUUCCCUUCUUUUAAUGCCACUAGGACCAGCUUGAGAGUCACUGGACCUCUGUUGCACAACAGAUCUGUCCAUAGAGCUCUGUACCUCCCAUUCCUUUAAGACUUUCCUAAAAUGGGCCAUAACAUUGUCAUUGUACAGGUUGCCAACAUGACUUGCAGUUCAACCCACUUUGCACACAUUUCCUUAAUCUCUUUUUUCAAUUCCAUACUAAUUCUUGCCCUUUUUACCACAGGGAUGGCACUAGAAGCUUUCUUGGGGUCCAUGGUGACUUAUUUUGCAGUUACAAGCACUAAAAACACUGGGAUAAUGUGAAAUGUACCGAAUGUAUGCAUAGAUGCAACCGCACUGGCUGGCUUGUAAGCACUGGCGCUGAGGCCACUUGUGGGACAUGUCCCAGACGAAUCAUGUAAGGCGAGUUUUUUAUCGUGAGGUGAGGCAAAAUUUUUGCGUUCAAAUGCUUUGUAUGGUGGAUUUAACGUAAUGCGAUGUGUUCGUAAGGUGGGGGUCCACUGUAUUAAUGAGCGUUAUAGGGUAAGGAGUGUUGUUUGGGGUACAUAGUAUCAUACCUUGGUAAGGAUGCCUACUGAUUUGGAAAUUUUCUUGGAUAUAUGUUGGAUGUGUGUGUAAAAUUUAAGAUUACAGUCAAGGAGAAGACCUAGAAAUUUACCCUCACUGUGUCUGGAAAUAGGGGAGCCAAUUAUUGAUAUAUUAAGUUGGAUAUUUAAGGCUCUCUUUCCAAACAGCAUGAAGUAUGUUUUCUCUGUGUUGAGAGCGAGUUUGUUGGUCAUCAUCCAAGUACAGUGGUACCUCGAGUUUUGAACAGCUCCCAACUCGAACAAUUAUGUAAGUGUAUUUUUGCAAGUGCUUUUGUAAGUGUAUUUUUGGGGGUCUGAAACAGACUAAUCUAAUUUACAUUAUUCCUUAUGGGAACAAAUUCAUUUGGUAUCAGCACUCAAACAGCCUUCUGGAACAAAUUAAGUUCGUAACUUGAAGUACCACUGUAUAUAUUUUUAGCAGCUCGUUGUUUACGGUAUCUCUAAGUAUAGCUGGGUUUGAAUGGGAGUAGACAUAAGUAGUGUCAUCUGCAAAUAGAACUGGUUUAAGGAGUUGGGAUACAUUGGGGAGAUCAUUGAUGUAGAUGAGAAAGAGGAGUGGGCCUAUGACACUACCCUGGGGCACUCUGACUACUACAGGCUGGAUAGUGGAGUUGACUCAUUUGCAUAUACAUACAUACUGGUAUCUAUCAUUAAGAUAAGAUUUUAGGUAAUCGCGGGAAUGUCCUCUGAUGCCAUGAUUUAAUUUUAGGUGCAGGAGAUUGUGGUCCACUGUAUCAAAUGCUUUCUGUAGGUCAGUGAAGAGCCCCAGAGGAUAUUCAUUUUUAUCGAGGGCUGUAUAUAUUAGUUCAAGCAUUUGUAUAAUAGCAUCAUUCGUACUUUUUUUUUGGUCUGGUCCCAAACUGGCAGGGGUUAAGUAUGUUGUUCGAUAUAAGGUAGGAGUAAAGUCAUUUGUGUAUUAUAUUUUUGAAUAUUUUAGAAAGUAAGGGCAAGUUUGAUAUAGGGCUAUAGUUGUUCAAAUCAGUUGGAGCACCUGUUAUGCAGACUAUUGCAUUAUUGUAAUAAUUGUAUAAAUAAUGUCAACCCAUUCAUGACUGAGUAUUAGACUAGCCAGUUGGACAUGUAUUGGACGGUAACUUCAUUUGUUUACUCUUGAACAUCGGCAAAAAUCAAACAUUUCCACUACUUUGAGCUCAGUUUUAAGGUACUUUCCAGCAUGAAACCAAAAUUAUAUCUUUUCUGUAAUAUAUCUUCCAUUCCAUCAAAUGAAACCAAAAAAAUGAGAAUACAACCAUACAAAAAUACACCACAAAAGUUGCUGUUUUACAUCAAAAGCACAAUUACCAUUUUCUCAUUAUGCACUGCAUGCUGCAGGAUUUUUUUUUAUAAAGUGCACACUUACCCUCAGAUCUAUUCUUUCAUAUGUAGGCCCAAAUUUAACAGUCACAGCUUUUCUGAGUGAGCUGAGCUCAUGGCGACCGACAGUGGCUUCAAAGCCAUCUUAUCUUUUAUGGACAAUGUAAGGUGUAUGUGCUUUACACAAUGAGAACCAUUUCUUUUAUUCAUUGGAACCAUGGCUAGGGCUAAAAGUGAGGUUAUAACAAUAAAUGGAGAAAAAGAAAUUGGAAUGACUUAUGCAGCAAGUAGUGCCACCAAACAGUAGUGGCUGGUUGGCGAGGCAACCCAGAAAUUUUGAAUUAUGCUAGCCGAAGUUAGUGCUGGAUUACUGAUGGAACCAGAUUACUGAUUGCCAGAUUAGUGAUGGCCAAUCUGUACUCACUUUAUCUUCAUGGAAAGAGAUUUUACCUUCAUAGUAAUAAUUGUCUAACUAUGAAGUUGCACAGGGAAAGAUUAUAAGUGCAGGAGGUAUAUUCUUAGUUUGCAAAUUGAUCUAUACAAAAUGUACCCCAUGAUUAAAACAGGCUCUGAAAUAAAAUAAAAUACAGGCGCUUAAAUAAGUAAUUUGAUUUACGAGUUUUAUAUAAAGCAAAUCAGCAGCUUAAAGUAGUCAUGAAAAUGUUUUUGGAUUAGUAUGGCUCUUCAUUUUAUUAGAUAACAAGGUAAGGACACUUUGUUUCCAAGACAGCCUAGAUCAGGAUAUUUUAGGAUCUGAACAAAUCCUACUUUAUGACUUGUAUCCUGAGCAAGUAUACAUACUCUAUUCAUAGUUUUAUUAUAUUUCACUUUGGAAUAGAUGUAGAUACAGUGUAUUAAAACAUUCACAUAGAUGUGCUGGCUCUGCUGGUUGAUAACUAUGUGGGCCUGAAACUUACAACCUUUUACCUAAAACCAUUAAUAGGUGAAUCAGUCUUAACAACCAAAACAUUUUCUGCAGUAGAAAAUGUGGUAUGAUUGUUGCUAGUCCCUUUGAUGCAAGUACCUGCAUAGCAGUAGUUGUGCAGUUGUUGUAUAUAAGAUUUAUUUUAUAUUGAAUUCUCCAGGCAACGGAAAAAAAAAAAAUACUCGAUCAGAUACAGCCGGCCCUCCCUAAUUCGCAGAAUUUAAUUAUCUAACAUUUUAUUGAACAAUGUGUGAAUAAAUCUGAUUAAUCACAAGGACUUUGUGUUUAUUUUCUUUUUUUUUUUUUUUGUAUUGCCUACCACCCCUACAUUGAAAACUUAACAAUAAGAUUUCAUUCAAAAUGUGUUCAUUGAAUUUUCUCAUGCCAAAUCUGUUUUGAUUCUGCUUAUUCUUUCUUAUAAAGAGGAACUUUAAUGGAUGUAUAAAUAUAUCUAGAGAGAUAAGACCUCCAAAAUACAAAGUGAAUAUAAAUCUGAAAAAUGAUUGUGUAGACAUAAUUUUAUGUUAUUUGAGGACUUUUGAUUUGCUGGACAUCUAGGAAUGUAACUCUUGAAAAUUUUGGGAUGUGGCUGUAUAGGAAACAGUAUUUCUUGACAAGGGUGUGAGUUAACUCUUGUAUGGAUUGAACAGAAUAUAAGCUUGUUACUUAGUCAUAUAUCCAGAGUAACAUUUGACUAGAGCAUACCUGGAAUAAAAAGUAACUAAUACAAGAGUUAUUUGCUAGUAACUCUGAAUAGCACAGCAGAACAUGGGAGGAAUGUUAUACAUCAGAAGAUUAAAUGAAAUGUAGCAACUUCGCUAAUGUCUGAGGGAAAAGUUGUGAAUGUGUAAUGUGAUAGUUGUGAUGAAUGGUUAUGAAAACCGACAAGUUGAAGAAUUGAGACACUUAUGCAACACAUGGGAAUCUUUAUUGAAGAAACGUUUCGCCACA